CUCGUCCAUUUGGAGGGGCGUUGGGUUUCCUUGAGGACCUUGGUGAAGUUUGGAACAGUUAAGGGUCUCAAAUCUGCACAAGAAACACACCAACCAUGUCGGACGCGGUGAUUAGUUUCCUUAAGGACUUUUUGGCUGGUGGUGUUGCCGCUGCCAUCUCCAAAACAGCUGUCGCUCCCAUUGAGAGAGUCAAGUUGUUGCUGCAGGUCCAGCAUGCCAGCAAACAAAUCACUGCGGCGACCCAGUACAAGGGAAUAAUUGACUGUGUGGUAAGGAUCCCGAAGGAACAGGGCUUUAUUUCCUUCUGGAGAGGCAACCUGGCCAACGUGAUCCGUUACUUCCCCACCCAAGCCCUCAACUUCGCCUUCAAAGACAAGUACAAGAAGAUCUUCCUCGGUGGUGUGGAUCAAAAAACACAAUUCUGGCGUUACUUCGCUGGUAAUCUAGCAUCUGGCGGUGCCGCUGGGGCGACUUCGCUCUGCUUCGUCUACCCUCUUGACUUCGCCAGAACAAGACUCGCUGCCGACAUCGGCAAGGGCGCGUCGGAGAGAGAGUUCAGCGGUCUUGGAAACUGCCUCACCAAGAUCUAUAAAACCGAUGGCCUCAGGGGUCUUUACCUCGGAUUCAAUGUAUCAGUGCAGGGUAUUAUCAUCUACAGAGCGGCCUACUUUGGAUGCUUCGAUACAGCUAAAGGUAUGCUGCCAGAUCCCAAGAACACGCACAUCGUCGUGAGCUGGAUGAUCGCGCAGACUGUCACCGCUGCAGCUGGUAUUGUCUCAUACCCCUUCGACACAGUCAGACGUCGUAUGAUGAUGCAGUCUGGACGCAAAGGAGCUGACAUCAUGUACAAGGGCACGAUCGACUGCUGGAGGAAGAUCCUGAAGGACGAGGGAGGAAAAGCCUUCUUCAAGGGUGCCUGGUCCAACGUGAUCAGAGGAAUGGGUGGUGCCUUCGUGUUGGUGCUGUACGACGAGAUCAAGAAGUUCACAAAAUAAACGUUCUAAUCUCCCAGUC